AGAGGCGGCUCUCGCUCUCUCCGAAGCCAUGGGUGUUUGCUCCUCCACUCCGAAAGACCAGCCGGUCGCCGAGCCCACGUACGACCCUGCGCCCGCUCCUGCGCCCGAGGUGCCCGAGGUGCCCGAGGUGCCCGAGGGGGCGGUCGACACCGCGAUCGACAAGCUCGAGACCAAGGUCGGCAGCGACCUCGACGGCGACGGCGAAGUGGCUGGCGCUCCCGUCGAGGAGGUGCCUGCCGACGCACCUGCCGAGGCGGCCGACGCAGUCGAGCCGGCCGAGGACAAGAACAUUCUCCAAAAGGCGGCCGACUACGUCAAGUCCUUCUCGGGUCGCGUGGAGCCCGAGCCGGCCGCCAAAGAGCCCGCCGUCGAGCCCGAGGCAGCGCCGGAGGGCGGCUACGAGGCGCCGAAGGAGGAGGCGUCGGCCGAGGAGGCGCCGGCCGAGGAGGCGCCGGAGCCCGAGCCGGAGACCGCCUCGUUCCUCGACAAGGUGAAGAGCUACCUCUCGCCUCGGCCCGAGGUGCCCGAGGGGGCCGUCGACACCGCGAUCGACAAGCUCGAGACCAAGGUUGGCAGCGACCUCGAUGGCGACGGCGAAGUGGCUGGCGUUCCCGUCGAGGCGGCUGCGGAGGAGGUGGAGGCGGCGACCGAGGCGGCCGAGGUGGAGGCGGCGACCGAGGUGCCGGUGGAGGCCGCCGCCGAGGCGGUGGAGGCUGCGGUGGAGGCUGCGCCGGCGGUGCCGGAGAAGAAGGAGUCGUACCUCGGAAAGGUGGCCUCGAUCCUCUCUCCGCGCAAGAAGGCGGCCUCCGACGCUUCGGCCGCCGAUGCGCCCGCAGCUGACGACGCGGCGGAGGCAGCGGAGGCGGAACCCGUGGCGGAGGCGGAGGCGGAGGCGGCGCCCGAGGUGGCACCGGAGGCGGAGGAGGAGAAGCCGAGCCUGAUCCAGAAGCUCUCCAAGGCCUUCUCCAGCAUCAUCCCCGCCACGCCGCAGUGCCUUCCCGGCCGGCCCUCGGAGAGCACGCUGAACGCCUCCGAGACGUCCGCCGACGCGCCGUCGGCGGCGGAGGAGGAGGAGGCCGCCCCCGCGUACAAGGCGGAGGCGCCGGCUGAGGAGGUCAAGGCUUAGGGUCCUUGCGCAGGCGCUCUUCGGGCUGGGACAUGCACGUGUCGGCAGGAGAGCGCGUCAGGGGGGGGGCUCAUCUUGCAGCGCUGCGGCCUGGCCGGCAGUCUCUCGACGCUGCCUCGAGGAUGGGAUCGAGGCCUGACGGGUGGGCGGCGAUUUUUAUGCCCGCCCCAGUGCAAAGUCCAAAGACUGGUGCUAGGCCACCAGGGCCGCCGUCCUCGUGUUCACAUGACCGUUUAUUUUUGUCUUUCACUCAGUGAGAGUAAAACACGAGAACACGGCUCGCUCAGCACAGAGCAUAUAUUUUACAUUUUCGAAAUCU